GUAGUGUGACGCAACCGGCAGCGGCUACGUCCCACUCGAACACUCGGCUGGUCUCUCUGUCGGUGCCGCUCUCGCGCGACCUUGGCCGCGGUGAGCCGCAAGGUUCGGGUCUUCGAACUCGCGCUGGAGCGCGGGCCGCGGGGAGCGGAGCCGUCAGCCAUCCAAUCGCUCGCCGCGCACGUCUGAGCGUGCUCGUGAUUGGUCCACUGUUGGCGCGGCAAUGACCUCGGAGACCGGAGUUCGAAGCGCGCCGAUCCUCGCUACGAAGCGCAGAACGACAGGCUUAGCCGAACGAUAAAGGCGAAUUUCGCUUAGCCAGCUACGCUUCGCCGUCGAACCGAUUGUAUCGCACGAAGCGCUGAUCUUUUUGCAGACUUUCACUCUUAAGGGGAGACUCGCGUGGCUUCGAGCAGGAGCGCGCGCGGCACUCGCUCAGUUCGUCGAUCGAGCUCGAGUGAGACGCACGCGGCGCGUGCAGCGGCUAUAUCGCGGGACGAGCGACCUUCAUCCCUCGACGUGCCGGCCGCGCGCCAGGCCCAUGCACUCCUGUCCUAUAUUCAGUGUUACAGCGCGCAGGACGUUUCAUGUCUGAAGCCAGCGGGCUCUAUGUGGUUUACGUGUAGUGCAGUGCGGACGAGGACUAAAUAAUUAGUUUUUAAGUACACAUAAAUAAAUGACUUUAGUGAUGUCUCCUGAUAGCAGCUACGGGCGCUACGAUGCGCCUACGCCGGCUGACCAUAACAUGAUGAGCCCGGCGCACAAGGAACGGGAACCAGAAUUGCAUAUAGAGUUUGACGGCACUACGGUGCUUUGCCGCGUUUGCGGUGAUAAAGCUAGUGGAUUUCAUUACGGCGUGCAUUCCUGUGAAGGUUGCAAGGGUUUCUUCAGGCGGUCUAUCCAACAGAAGAUCCAAUAUAGACCCUGCACGAAAAAUCAACAGUGCUCAAUCCUCCGGAUCAACAGAAAUCGGUGCCAGUACUGCCGAUUGAAAAAAUGCAUCGCAGUAGGCAUGAGCAGAGAUGCCGUGCGGUUCGGACGUGUUCCAAAACGCGAGAAAGCGCGCAUCCUUGCAGCGAUGCAGCAAUCCUCUACGUCACGAGCAAAUGAGCAGGCUGCGGCCGCAGAGCUCGAUGAUGCUCCGAGAUUGCUGGCGCGAGUGGUGCGCGCUCACCUCGACACCUGCGAGUUCACGCGAGAUCGUGUCGCCGCCAUGCGCGCACGUGCUCGCGACUGUCCCACCUACUCGCAACCCACUCUGGCUUGCCCGCUAAACCCGGCGCCAGAGCUACAGUCUGAGAAGGAAUUCUCUCAGAGAUUUGCACACGUUAUUCGUGGUGUAAUAGACUUCGCUGGCCUCAUCCCAGGCUUCCAGCUUCUUACGCAGGAUGACAAGUUUACGCUGCUCAAAAGUGGACUAUUUGAUGCGUUGUUUGUGCGGCUAAUCUGUAUGUUUGACGCGCCACUCAAUAGUAUAAUUUGUCUAAACGGCCAAGUCAUGAAACGGGACUCCAUACAAAGUGGCGCCAAUGCAAGGUUCCUUGUGGAUUCUACUUUUAAAUUCGCCGAACGCAUGAACUCUAUGAACUUAACAGAUGCAGAAAUCGGUCUAUUCUGCGCUAUAGUGCUCAUCACUCCGGACAGGCCGGGACUUCGCAAUGUAGAACUCGUGGAAAGAAUGCAUGCGCGUCUGAAGGCAUGCCUGCAAACUGUGGUCGCCCAGAACAGACCUGACCGACCAGGUUUCCUCAGAGAACUAAUGGACACCCUCCCCGACCUCCGCACUCUCAGCACACUUCAUACUGAGAAGCUAGUAGUUUUCCGAACUGAACACAAGGAAUUACUACGGCAGCAGAUGUGGACCGAUGAAGAGGGUGUGAUGUCGUGGGGAGAUUCCGGCGCCGACGAGUCAGCACGCAGCCCCAUUGGGUCUGUGUCCAGCAGCGAAUCCGGCGAAGCUGUCGGAGACUGUGGCACGCCUCUCCUGGCCGCUACCCUGGCCGGACGCCGGCGACUCGACUCUCGUGGAUCCGUAGAUGAAGAAGCACUCGGCGUGGCACAUCUAGCUCACAACGGACUCACUGUAACCCCAGUCCGCCCGCCUCCACGAUACCGUAAACUUGAUUCGCCAACUGAUUCUGGCAUCGAGUCCGGAAAUGAGAAGCACGAAAGGAUAGUUGGCCCCGGAUCAGGAUGCUCAAGCCCGCGAUCUUCCCUAGAGGAGCACACGGACGACAGGCGGCCACCUCCCUCAGCCGACGACAUGCCUGUGCUCAAACGCGUGCUAGAAGCGCCACCGCUGUACCACACCACUUCAUUAAUGGACGAGGCGUAUAAACCUCACAAGAAGUUCCGUGCUAUGCGCCGUGACACCGGCGAGGCCGAGGCCCGCGUCGUGCGACCAGCGCCCUCCACCCAGCCGCCGCAGCAUCCGCACCCCGCCAGCCCGGCGCACCCGGCGCACUCGCCGCGCCCGCUGCGCGCCUCGCUGUCCUCCACGCACUCCGUGCUGGCCAAGAGCCUGAUGGAGGGGCCGCGCAUGACGCCGGAGCAGCUGAAGCGCACCGACAUCAUCCAGCAGUACAUGCGGCGCGGCGAGGCGGGCGCGCCCGAGUGCCCCAUGCGCACGGGCGGCCUGCUCACGUGCUACCGCGGCGCCUCGCCCGCGCCGCAGCCCGUCAUGGCGCUGCAGGUGGACGUGUCGGACGCCGACGCGCCGCUCAACCUCUCCAAGAAGUCGCCGUCGCCGCCGCGCUCCUUCAUGCCACAGAUGUUGGAGGCGUGAGAUCGGCCCGCGGAGCCACUUGUCUCCGCCACCCCACCCCGACCUACUUUAAAUUAAAUAAUCUAGUUAAUAGUAAUCGUUCGCAGAUCGUUUUAAUAUAUUAUAUGUGAUAAUUUGAUUAGGACGCGUGAGUGCGUGGCCGGCGCCGGACGAGGAGAGCGCAAUAGACUGAAAAAUAAUUUAAGACUAUAUAAGUGUAAUUUAUAAAUGCAAUGCAGCGCCGGUCGCGGUGUGUUUGUUGUGUGUAUUGUAUGUGCGUAUGUGAGCGUGCUCAGUCAUUUGUUUGUUAAUAUAAUGACAGGUUGUCGAACUAAAAUAAAAGAAUCUUGUAAAAAUUA